AUGGAUCAUGGGAUCAAUGCUAUCAAUCCCAAAUGCCAGAGUGCUGAAAAGGCCUACACCCGCGACUUCUUCUACGUCGGUGGUAGAAGUCUCGAAUCUGCAACCGGCGAACUGACCGCAGACAAGCUCUACGUCGAGAAGAUCGUCCCGGCCUCAAGUGCCCGGAAGUCAAAACCUCUGGUCUUUUUCCACGGAGGAGGAUGCACAGCAACAUCUUGGCUCAACACGCCGGAUAAUAGGAGAGGCUUCGCCUCGUACUUCAUCGAGAAAGGGUACACGGUUUACCUCGUGGAUGCCGCCUCUGUCGGCCGCAGUGCAUCCGCAGACCUUGCCAACUUCCCCAUGACGGCUGGAGCCUCGUCCUUGCUGGUCGAACAAGGCUUUACGGGAGUAAAGCACUACGACACAUACCCUCAGUCUCAGCUGCACACGCAAUGGCCCGGCACAGGACGCGCCGGUGACCCCAUCUUCGAGAACUUUAAGAAAUCCAUGGUGCCCUAUACGACCAACAACACCGCCUUUGAACUCGCCCUGCGCAAGUCAGGAUGCGAACUCCUCGAGCUGAUUGGACCUUCGUACCUAAUCGCCCACUCCGCCGGCGGCGUAGCAAAUAUCCUGCUCUCAAACGACUGCCCACAGCACGUCGCCGGCAGCAUCAACCUCGAAGCAAGCACAACGCCGUUCACAUGGUACACUCUCGGCACGGGCAGCAUCCCAUACAACCCGUACGGUCUCUCCACCACGCCGCUGAGCUACCUCCCAGCUUUAUCCAGCGCCGCGGAGCUCGCCACCGAGACCGUCGGGAACGCAACGACCGCGCUGCGGCAGUGUGUGCAGCAAGUCGAGCCCGCGCGCACGCUGCCCGGCAUCGCGUCGGUGCCGUAUGUGCUCAUCACCGCGGAGGCGAGCGUGCAUAUCACGUACGACCACUGCAUUGUCAACUACCUCAGGCAAGUAGGCGCUGACCCUGAGUGGAUCAAGCUGGGCGAGAUUGGCAUCAAGGGGAAUGCGCACUUUAUGCACCUCGAGAAGAACAACGAGCAGAUCGCUGAGGUGGUGUUGAAGUGGAUCGCGCAGAGGGAAUGA